GACACGAUAGCUACUACGGCAAACAUGACUCCGGUCGAUAUAAGCCUCCCUCCGCUCCCCUCUUCUCCCGACGAAAACUGCUUCUUCUUUUCCUUCCUCCGUUCCCUCGCCGCAGCCGCCUCCGUCGGCGAUAGCCUCCGUAGCCCCUCCAUGCCGUCUCCCUCCGACGAGGAAGCCAGCACUCUCCUUUCUUCCAGCUCGCCGGAACUCGAAGAUGACGAAGAGAAGGCCUACGAAUCCAGUGAAAAAAUCAUCGUUCCGGGCGCAGAUGAUGAGGAGAGAGACGGUGAUGCACCGAGUUUCUCAUGGCGGAAGCUAUGGCUAUUCACUGGUCCGGGGUUUCUGAUGAGCAUAGCAUUCCUGGAUCCGGGAAAUCUGGAGGGUGAUUUACAGGCGGGAGCUAUUGCGGGAUACUCGCUGCUGUGGUUGCUUAUGUGGGCGACGAUGAUGGGGCUUUUAAUCCAAAUGUUGUCGGCGAGACUUGGGGUGGCGACUGGGCGGCAUCUGGCUGAGCAUUGUCGGGAGGAGUACCCGUUGUGGGCUAGGGUUUCGCUGUGGGUUAUGGCGGAGUUGGCGUUGAUUGGUGCGGAUAUACAGGAGGUUAUUGGCAGCGCUAUUGCGAUCAAGAUACUUAGCCGCGGCGUGCUGCCGCUUUGGUCUGGCGUGGUCAUCACCGCGCUUGAUUGUUUUAUCUUUCUUUUCCUGGAAAACUAUGGGGUUAGAAAGUUGGAAGCCUUCUUUGCUGUUCUCAUUUCAACUAUGGCCGUUUCUUUUGCUUGGAUGUUCGGAGAAGCCAAACCUAGCGGAAGGGAGCUUCUGAUUGGCAUUUUAGUUCCUAAACUGAACUCCAGAACAAUAAGGCAGGCCGUCGGGGUAGUUGGUUGUGUAAUUAUGCCACAUAACGUGUAUCUCCAUUCGGCUCUGGUUCAGUCCAGAAAGGUCGAUCCUAACAAGAAAAAUCGUGUUCAAGAAGCGUUACAUUAUUACACCAUAGAGUCAACUAUUGCUCUCAUCGUCUCCUUCAUGAUAAAUUUGUUUGUGACGACUGUUUUUGCAAAAGGGUUUUAUGGGAGUAAGGAAGCUGGCGCUAUUGGACUCGAGAAUGCGGGGCAGUACUUAGAACAGAAGUAUGGCGGAGGCCUUCUACCUAUUCUUUACAUAUGGGGUAUAGGACUAUUAGCUGCAGGACAAAGCAGCACCAUUACUGGAACUUAUGCGGGGCAGUUUAUUAUGGGAGGAUUUCUCAAUCUUAGAUUGAAGAAGUGGCUCAGGGCGUUGAUAACAAGAAGCUUUGCAAUUGUGCCGACGAUGAUUGUUGCUCUCUUUUUCGACACAUCUGAUGCCGCGUUAGAUGUUUUGAACGAAUGGUUGAAUGUUCUUCAGUCGGUACAAAUUCCUUUUGCUCUUAUCCCUCUUCUUACUUUGGUAUCGAAGGAGCAAGUUAUGGGAAAUUUCAAGAUUGGUCAUCUAACAAGGGUACUCACUUGGGUUGUCGCUGCUCUACUAAUAAUCAUUAACGCAUAUCUUCUUCUAAAUUUUUUCUCAUCCGAAGUUAAUGGCCCGUUGUUCGGUUCUAUAGUAAGUCUCAUCUUAGCUCUAUAUAUCGGUUUCGUCUCAUAUCUCAUCCUACGAGGUUUCGAUCUACUGGAUCAGUUUGUCUCAAUAAUCCACAAGAGAUUCUUAUGAGUAGAAUGACUAAUAAAAUUACAAACAAAACCUUGUUUUACACUGAAGCAAGCUUUAAUCUGCUUCCUGCUACACUAGUCUUUCUCACUGCCUUCCAUUUAUAGCACAAAUCAGCACAAUGUCGCAGUUUAGAGUGCUGCGCUUCUGCAUUACAUACAUACCAUUCAAUCCUUACGUAUUUACUUAUCGAGUGAAGUAUCAAAAUAGUCCACUGACUAUUUAAGGGGGUCAUUUUAGUCUCAGAGUUUAUAAAUGUCUCAAAUUAGUCUUUAGACUGUUUUAAUAUCGGUUGAAAAUUAGAAAUAAUGCAUAGCGAGGAUUAUUUUAGCAUUCGAUAAAAUAGUUAGGGGAUUAAAUUGGUACUUUUAUGAAUUUUGGGACUAAAAGGGACUCCUACAAAGAGCUGAGACCAUUUUGACCCUUUUCUUUUUACAUAUCUAACACCUAAACUUCAAUUUUUACAUAUACGCUGCCUUAUAACAUGAAA